UCUCCCUCCUUCACUCUCACUCCUCUCUCUCUCCUCUCUUCAGCUCGUUCGCUCGCUCUCUCUCUCUCUCUCCUCUCUCUCACACACACAGAGCCGACUGGUGGAGAUCUCUUUUCUUCCAAGUUUUGAGCUUUCACGAGAUAAUUAGAGGGCUUAAAGGGGCUAGGAGUAGCAAAAUCUGCAAGUGGGACAGAGGAUGUGAGCUGCAGUAAUCUUAGAUCAUAAGGUCUUUUUUUUUUUUUAAUUCAAUCACAUCUGCUAUGCCAUCAGUUAUGGCCCAAAGUAUGAGAACAAGCAGGUCCUCAUUUAGCUCUAGCAAUGGAUACGAAACUCCUUCACACCAAUCUGUUGCCGCCUCAAGUGUGGAUGACUAUGAUAGUGAUGGUUCCAAUUUUGCACCACCUACACCAACGACCCUAUCAAUGGCUAUUCCACCAGAACUUGCUGGUGCUAUACCUUUGCUUGAUAAAUUUCAGGUAGAGGGUUUUUUAAGGGCUAUGCAAAAACAGAUUCAAUCUGCUGGGAAACGUGGUUUCUUUUCUAAAAAAUCCGUGGGUCCUCAAGUUCGGGAAAAGUUCACGUUUGAAGAUAUGCUAUGUUUCCAAAAGGAUCCCAUCCCAACUUCGCUACUCAAAAUUAACAGCGACCUGGUAAGUCGGGCAACAAAACUGUUCCAGACAAUUUUGAAAUACAUGGGAGUUGAUUCUUCUGACCGAGUAACUCCAACUAGCUUAGAGGAACGUGUUGAGCUUGUCGGAAAGCUAUAUAAGCAGGCUUUGAAGCGUUCUGAGCUUCGAGAUGAACUUUUUGCUCAAAUUUCAAAGCAGACACGGAAUAACCCUGAUAGGCAAUAUUUGAUAAAAGCAUGGGAGCUAAUGUAUUUAUGUGCAUCCUGCAUGCCUCCUAGCAAAGAAAUUGGUGGAUAUUUAUCAGAGUAUGUUCAUAAUGUGGCACAUGGUGUGGGUACUGAUUCUGAGGUCCAAGUCCUUGCUCUAAACACUUUAAAUGCUUUGAAGCGUUCUGUUAAGGCUGGACCCAGGCACACAAUACCUGGCCGUGAGGAGAUUGAAGCUCUUUUGACCGGUAAAAGGCUUACCACUAUAGUGUUUUUCUUGGAUGAAACUUUUGAAGAAAUUACGUAUGACAUGGCGACAACUGUAGCUGAUGCUGUUGAGGAGCUAGCGGGGAUAAUUAAACUGUCAGCAUAUUCUAGCUUCAGUCUGUUUGAGUGCCGUAAAGUUGUUACUGGUUCUAAAUCACCUGAUCCUGGAAAUGAGGAAUAUAUUGGGUUAGAUGAUAACAAAUACAUUGGGGAUCUUUUGGCGGAUUUCAAAGCUGCAAAGGACCGAAGUAAAGGAGAAAUUUUGCACUGCAAACUGACUUUCAAAAAGAAGUUAUUUCGGGAGUCAGAUGAAGCUGUAGCAGACCCAAUGUUUGUGCAGUUAUCAUAUGUUCAAUUGCAGCAUGAUUAUAUAUUGGGCAAUUAUCCUGUUGGAAGAGAUGAUGCUGCACAGCUGUCUGCAUUGCAAAUUUCAGUUGAAAUUGGAUUUGUUGCCAACCCUGAAUCAUGCACUGACUGGACAUCACUGCUGGAGCGAUUUCUGCCCAGACAAAUUGCAAUUACUCGGGCAAAGCGGGAAUGGGAGUUGGAUAUACUUUCUCGUUAUCGUCAAACGGAAAAUUUAACCAAGGAUGAUGCAAGACAGCAAUUUCUGCGGAUAUUGAGAACGCUUCCUUAUGGCAAUUCAGUUUUCUUUAGCGUUCGCAAGAUUGAUGAUCCCAUUGGACUUCUACCUGGAAGGAUCAUCUUAGGCAUUAAUAAGCGUGGGGUUCAUUUCUUUCGUCCAGUUCCUAAAGAAUAUCUACAUUCUGCUGAGUUAAGAGACAUAAUGCAAUUUGGUAGCAGCAAUACUGCCGUAUUUUUUAAGAUGAGAGUUGCUGGUGUCUUGCAUAUAUUUCAGUUUGAAACUAAGCAGGGAGAAGAAAUUUGUGUUGCCCUUCAAACACAUAUAAAUGAUGUCAUGUUACGCCGCUACUCUAAAGCACGGUCAACUGCUAAUGGCUCAAUAAAUGGAGAUGUUUCUGUUAACUUUAAGCCUCCUAGCACGGAUGUUUAUGAGAAACGUGUUCAGGAUUUGUCCAAAGCUCUUGAAGAAUCCCAAAGCAAUGCUAAUCAACUGUUAGAAGAUUUACAUGAAAAAGAAAAGCAAGAAUUGGUCUUACAAGAAGAAUUAGAGGGCCUGAAAGACUUCUUGAGAUCCGAGAAGCAAAACUUGACAGAAGUUACUUGUGAACGUGAUAAAUUCAGAUCUUUGUGUGAUGAAAAAGAUUUGGUGCUGCGGGCUGCAUUAGUUGAGAAGCAGAGCAUGGAAGCGAGAUUGGCAAAUCUAAAUAAUCCUGUUUCGGAGGCAAAUGCCAAAAAGGAGUUAAUUGAAGGAAAUAACCGGGUGUUAAAUAAGGUGCAAGAUGAGUUGAACGUGCGCACUGCAGAGUUGCAGGCAGCAGAAGAAAUUACCAAGAAACUUGUAAAUGAAAAACUAUUAUUGGAAGAAAGAAUUUCCAAGCUUGAAAAGAAGAAGGCUGCUGAGGUGGAAGUUCUUGCGAAAAAUGUAGAACAAGAACGCAGGGCAUUGAGGCUUCGAGUUUCUGAACUAGAAAAAAAGCUAGAAGAUGUCACACAAGAUUUGGCAAUGGCAAGUUCUACUCUUGCAAUGAAGAAUACGGAGUUGUCCGCAUUGCAAAAUAAUUUGAAGGAAUUAGAAGAACUAAGAGAAAUGAAAGAGGACAUUGAUAGAAAAAAUGAGCAAACUGCUGCAAUCUUGAAGAUGCAAGGGGCUCAAUUGGCUGAAUUAGAAGCACUAUACAAGGAAGAACAAGUUUUAAGGAAACGAUAUUUUAAUACAAUAGAAGAUAUGAAAGGCAAGAUUCGAGUCUUUUGUCGGUUAAGGCCACUUAGUGAAAAGGAGAUUGCUGAGAAAGAGAGAAAUGUUCUUAAAAGUCUUGAUGAGUUCACAGUCGAACAUGUUUGGAGAGAUGAUAAAACGAAGCAACAUUUAUAUGAUCGCGUCUUUGAUGGAAAUGCCACCCAAGAUGAUGUAUUUGAUGAUACAAGGUAUUUGGUGCAAUCCGCUGUAGACGGAUAUAAUGUGUGCAUAUUUGCAUAUGGCCAAACUGGUUCUGGGAAGACCUUUACAAUUUAUGGAUCUGCGAGCAAUCCUGGACUCACUCCACUUGCUACUUCUGAGCUCUUUAAGAUCCUAAAGCGAGACGGUAACAAAUUCUCAUUCUCCUUAAAGGCUUAUAUGGUGGAGUUAUAUCAAGAUACACUUGUAGAUCUUUUACUACCAAAGAACGCAAAGCGUUUGAAGCUGGAUAUAAAGAAGGAUUCAAAGGGCAUGGUUUCUGUAGAAAAUGUUACUAUUGUAUCUAUUUCAACAUACGACGAAUUAAAAAGCAUUAUUCAGAGAGGAUCUGAACAACGUCAUACAACUGGGACUCUGAUGAAUGAGCAGAGUUCAAGAUCUCACCUGAUACUUUCAGUGGUUAUUGAGAGUACAAACCUUCAAACUCAAUCUGUGGCCAGAGGAAAGCUAAGUUUUGUGGAUCUUGCUGGUUCUGAAAGAGUGAAGAAGUCGGGCUCUUCAGGUAGUCAGCUCAAGGAAGCUCAAAGCAUUAAUAAAUCACUUUCAGCUCUUGGGGAUGUUAUUAGUGCUUUGUCUACUGGCAGUCAGCACAUACCCUACAGGAAUCAUAAAUUGACAAUGCUAAUGAGUGAUUCACUUGGGGGUAACGCUAAAACACUGAUGUUUGUGAACAUUUCUCCUGCUGAAUCAAACUUGGACGAGACUUACAAUUCUCUAACGUAUGCUUCAAGAGUUCGAUCAAUUGUAAAUGAUCCAAGCAAAAAUGUUUCGUCAAAGGAAGUGGCUCGUUUGAAGAAGUUGGUUGCAUAUUGGAAGGAGCAAGCAGGUAGGAAAGGGGAUGAUGAAGAUUUGGAUGAAAUCCAAGAAGAAAGGCCAGUGAGAGAUAAGACGGAUGGUCGUCAUUCCAUGUAAAGUAUAAUGUUCUACUUAAGAUAGCAAUUAUUUGAGCUGAUGCAUUGAGGGCUUUGACAACAUCCACAUUGCUUGUAGUUAUGUAGGCAUAUCAACUACCUGGUUGAUUUUGAUUAUACUGAGGUCCAUUUUCUGCAAUCUCAGAAUUUUUGGGAGGGGAUAGCUAUCCUAUGCUCGGAAGGCUUCAAGCUAGUGUUUGUAUAUAAAUGCAUGUAUAUUUUGCUUACCAUAUAUAAUUGAAUCCACAUUCAUGAAUGCGAAAUGAUAAUUUUUUUUUUUUUUUUUUUUUUUUUUU